UUCUUUCCCCUUUUUCUUGUGCUGCCUGUGAAGGUUAACAAGCAGUUGUUUAUGCACACGUGAAUUAUUUCCCUAUUUCCAAGUGCUAAAUCUUUGUUUAUUUUUGCAUGGUUUCAAUCAUUACAAAAUUGAAUAAUGCCUGUACAAAAUUUCAACCUCACCACCACUGGAGUGGAAACUGGAGAACGCGUAUUACCCUUGACAUUGAACCACAAUGGGCUCCUGGGGAGGAGCCCAUUGUGGCCCGGCUCCCAGACCUCAGGGAUAUAACCGUACCACCCGUAUCAUCAAAGGAGGAAAAUAUCUUUUUUUUCUCUUAUAAUGAUUCGCUCCUCCCAGCAAACCGACAUACUGCGACACCAAAAUGCACACAGUGCUGAACGUCAGGCAAUAGUAAUAGCCUAAUGUCUCAGGGUAGAGAUUACGAAGUUUUUAGUAACGCAAAUUUUACGUCAAGAGCCUAUGAGCAAACGAGACAGAUUUUUGUUUAUUUCAUCUCUUUCCAGUUUGUCUCCAUCCGCGCGAAUAGUGAUGGGUUGUUUUUCAACUGAUUUCGUCCCAUUUCCAGCAACUAUACUUUUCAACAAAGCAACCGCACAGUCAUUCUAGGAUAUGUAUUUUGUUGUCAUGUCUACUGAUAAGAGUUGCAUCGACUACUAUAUUUUCUGACCGGUUUUGCUUCCUCAGAUUUGGAACUAUCUAAUAAUUUAAACAUCCUCAGCACCUCAUGUUACACUGCCUAUAAUAACCUGUAUUUUUUGCGACUUCGAACGGUCAUCGAACUAAAGGUCAAUUGGUCAUCACCUGCUGACUUUUAUGGAAGGCCGAACACGGUGACUACUACAACGCAGUGGAGCUGCAUUUGUGUUAUAUGUUUUACUUCACAGUAAUGACGAUAUCAUCCUUCGCUGUGGUUUCGGUCCAUUUUCCAAAUUUCGCAUUAAAAAAACGACCAAUAAAGGCGAAAAGCGUUGGGUUAAACCGUCACAGAGAAUAUUACGCUGAGAAAUGCGAACGUCUUCCCUUGCAGUUUAGUCUGAAAGGUGAAAAGUCCAAGGGAAAACUGGUGCAGUUUGAUUUUCUCGACUGCGCCAAACUAAAGCCAUUUCGGACCUUAGACGAAGCUAGAUUUACCAGAACUUUGUUCUAUUUCAGUAACCUUAUAUAACUGGUUUCCGUUGAUGAACCAAGAAUGUUCUUCUCAGCUUCAAAGACGAGAUAUUGUCCUUUAGAUGAAACAAGCUGAUGAUGCACUAAUAUAUAAGAAAGUAACCACAACUUGGAAUUUCCCAUCUAAAAAAGGCACACGUUAACCUUGGGGUACGCAGGAAAUUUUCAACACGAUGGGUGGUGGUGGGCUGAUCGGUGGGCAGGCAGGCAGGUGCGGCUUUGACUGGGAGGUUUUAUUUUUCUCAAGCGCCGGGAUUAUAUCAAGCUGUGCUGCACGAAGGAGUUCCGUCAGAAUUCCUUGACGAUUGAGUCGGUGGCAUCACACAAAAGUUUUGUGACAAAACCUUCUCGACAAUCUACUAACUCUUCAACGAAGCAACCACAGAUCGUUGCGCUAUCCCAAAAAUGAGGAUUUUGUUGCCGAUUAUUUUACUGACUGGAUGCGCUUGUUCAGAAUUGGAAUUGAUGGCUGAUGCUUUAAUCGAUUAUACUCCAUACAGUAAGGUCUACCACGAAAAUCCUCCUACUAAACUCUCAUCCAUCAAAUACGAGUCUGCUUGCGUCAGUAUUUACGACAGUCACACAACUUCCAGCAACAAAAAUAUCUACUGGUACACGCCGAUCGCUCUGCUAGAGAACAAGAACGUCCCUUCUUUUCAUAACGAAACGACCGGUCAGAGAACUCUAAGUGUCAGUUUUGGGAUCUGGAAUCCGGAAGUCAAAACUAAAGUGGUCAAGCACCUCAAUCAGAUCCUCAGCCAACCAAUCGAGCAUAGUCAAGUGACUGUCUUUCCUUUCGACGGUGCCAGGCUGAACAGCCAUCAAAUGCAAUUUGCAAGUUUCUCAUUAACCAAUGAGUGGAUCCAAUAUCAUAACGAGCGAUCAGUCAAGUUUAGCUUGAGUUGCCCGACACGGGACGAUUGCGAACAAGUGAGAACUGAAAUGCGCGACUAUCCUAAAAAUUUUGAACAUUUGCGACUUGAUUUCAGUUCUCAAAUUUUGAACGAUGAUAAGCCUACUUGUUUCAAGGAUGGGCUGGAAAUAUUUCCAGAAACUUUGCCAACACAAGUGAAAGAAUUAUUGGAACAGCUGAUCGAAUCCAAAUUAGAGAAAUUGCUCAACAUAUCUAUGGAAGAAACUAAUAGGGAUUUUGCAGAGAAACUCCGAAUUACUGAAGAAAAUCUAGCAGUGUUACAAAUGAAGUCGGAAGUCACCGAAAAAGAGUUGGAAGCCACCAAAGCAUCGUUGAUCUCAACUAGGUUAAAGUUGAUGAAAACGAAAUCCACCGUCGAUGAUCUGACGUCCAACUUCAAUGAUAAUUUGGAGAACUUCAAGAUGACGAUGAAAAGCGAGUUAACGCAAACGAAGGUCAUUGUAGAAGAAUUAUCGACCAAAUUAAAUGCUAUUUUAGCGGAUGAACAGGAAUUUUCAGGAACGAAGGUCAUGGAAGGAAAUUGUUCACCGGGACUCGAAAUGAUCAACGAACUAAAAACCGCCCAAGAAGAGCUGAGAGAAGAACUAAAAACUACUUUGAAUUAUGUGCAAACUACAACGUCAAAUCUGACUAACGCUAUGAGAACGGCAUUGAACAGGACGAAAUCCACUGUUGCGGAUUUGAAGACCCAAUUAAAUGAAAGAACGAAUGAAAUUGUUGACAUUAGUCAAAUGCCGACCUCAUGUGAAGAUCUUGAACAAAUGGGACAAAAAGUUAGCGGAUUCUUUUUGGUGAAAGGAUCAACGAAGUUAGAAGCUGUCUACUGCAACUUUUAUCCCAAUGAAAAUGACAAACAAAAAUUGAUCGGAUACGUCGACGUCAAAUCUCAUCCCGUCCAUUUCUACGUCCAGAGAAGUACUGCAUUCGACACAUUAAAAACUCCGAUUACUUUCGAUUUGACGCGGCUGAACGAGGGACACUCCAUGGAAUUAAAAAAUGGGAAAUUCACGGCACAGCGGCCAGGAAUUUAUUUCUUCUCAUUCACGGCACUGGCGGAGUUUCCAGCUUCAUCAUCUGCUGUGCAUUUAGAUGUUGGUCUUUAUUUGAACAAGGUAUGGGUCGGGACGGGUUUGGUAGAAGAGACAAACACUGUCGAAGGUCAAAACGAACAAGUGAGCAUUCAGUCGACACUGAAGUUGAAAAAGGACGAUCAAGUCUGGGUGCAGAUCGAUUCCUUGUCAGAAGGGGUGCAGUUGUUAGACAGCAAUAACCAUCACACUCAUUUCAUCGGUUUCAUGUUGGAUGAGAAAUUUUCAGAAUCCCUUUGAGUGUUGAUCAUCCGAAAUCCGCAUAAUGAUAACUAUUUUAUUUAUUGCAUUAUCCAUGGGUGGAUGAAAGGCAUUUUCAUUCGACUCUAAUUUAUUAAAAGGAUUAAAAUUUCUCCACAGAAAUUUCUAGGUGCAUGCAAAUAAAAUUUCUGAACAAUUAA